UGUUCUUGGGAAUGGCUGGGGGCUGGCAGAAUCCACAGCAUCCUCCCAGGACUCAGGGCCUGGCAUGGUUCAGGGACCCAUGGGGAACUGUGCCAAGUGGCCUCGGCGCCGGGGGCAUAAGGACCCCUGGCAGUGGCCUGGCUCCCCUCUAGGGAACUCCAGCCCCAGUCCCAGCCCCAGCCCCAGACCUGAGGAGCAGGGGGGCACCCAGGGUUAUUCUGUGCUCGGCAGCCUGGUGGGGCCAGCCUGCAUCUUCCUUCGGCCCAGCAUCGCCGCCACCCAGCUCGACCGGGAGCUGCGGCCGGAGGAGAUUGAAGAGCUGCAGGUCGCCUUCCAGGAGUUUGACCGAGAUCGGGAUGGCUACAUUGGAUAUCGGGAGCUGGGGGCCUGCAUGCGGACUCUGGGCUACAUGCCCACUGAGAUGGAGCUCAUCGAGAUCUCACAGCAAAUCAGUGGUGGGAAGGUGGACUUUGAAGAUUUUGUGGAGCUAAUGGGUCCCAAGCUGCUGGCAGAGACGGCAGACAUGAUUGGCGUGAGGGAGCUGCGAGAUGCCUUCCGGGAGUUUGACACCAAUGGGGACGGCUGCAUCAGUGUCGGGGAGCUCCGGGCGGCCCUCAAAGCUCUGCUAGGAGAACGCCUCAGCCAGCGGGAGGUGGACGAGAUCCUGCAGGACAUCGACCUCAAUGGAGAUGGCCUGGUGGACUUCGAAGAAUUUGUGCGGAUGAUGUCUCGCUGA